GCAGAACCAGUUGCUAAGUCACGGUAGUCUCCCGUAUUAGUAGCCAACCAAAUAGAAGGAAGACAGUCGUUCCUUCUAAAUAUCGACGAUGAUUGAAAGUGAGCCUGGCACCCGGCAAUCAGUAUAGACUUUGCAGCUGCAGCUGGGUGCAUAUAGCUACUACUACAUGAUGGCAUAGUAGCAACUUGUGUUUUGUGCCAGUAGUGCUGAGUCAACAUGUGCCGCUUCGCGUUCCAAUUUCCUCUCACCAUCACCCGUCAUGUAUCACCUCUUAAAAGGCUUACACGAGUACUUGACGAGGAAAGAGGAGUUUUCAGUUAUCAUCAUCGGCCUUGAUGGUGCUGGCAAAACCACAUUUUUGGAGAAAAUAAAGACUAUAUAUAACGAGACUCCUGGGCUUGACCCGUCCAAGAUUGGCCCGACUGUGGGGCAAAAUACGGGCAAAAUAUCUCUCCCAUCCAGCAUCAUAAACUUCUUUGACCUCGGAGGACAACGCGGCAUCCGGUCCAUCUGGCACAGAUACUACGACGACUGUCACGCCGUAGCGUACGUUGUCGACGCGCAAGACCGAGAGAGGCUCAGUGAGGGCUGGGAAGUCUUUGACACAGUCCUCUCCUCCCCCCAAACGCUCAACAUCCCUCUCCUACUCCUUGCAAACAAACAAGAUUCCCCUUCAAGCCUCAGCGUUUCAGAGAUAAGGCAGGAUUAUGAAGAUUGGGAUCAGAGAAGGAGGGAGAGCGCGAGAAGGAGGUUUGGCGAGGAUGAGGAUGCAGAGAUGGAGAGGAAACGGGAGAGGAUUGCUAGUUUAGAUGUUUUGGGCGUUUCAGCGCUUGAUGGAGCUGGCGUUCGCGAGGCUGUGGAUUGGUUGUUUUUGCGGGUACAGAAUAGUAGGCGUGACUUGGCGGAUCGGUAGCGAGGCUUUGGGGGUCGAUUUGUGUCGGCGGUGUAAUUUGCCUGUGUACUUGUAUGUACGGGGCUACGUGUCAAAAGUCUUAUUUGAGUGCGAGAUUUUUUUAUGAUGAUUGAUGUGGUAGCACUGGCAGGUCGUUGGUUGUUGAUUUG